AUGAGAAACACAGUCAUUCUCGCCCUCGCCGGCGCAGCCCUGGGUGCUCCCACACAGACGAUCGAGAACCGCCAAUUCCCCGGUUUCGGCUCCAGUGGAUCUGGAACUGAAAGUGGUCUCGGCGCUCUGGCCUCCCUCUUCCCCGGUCUGGGAGGUGAGUCCAGUGGCUCUUCCACCGGCUCUGGCUCUGGCUUCCCCGGCCUCGGUGACCUUCCUGACCUUGGGGGUUCCGGUGGUUCUUCCUCGGGCACCCCGAGCCUUCCUAGCUUCAGUGACCUGCCUGGUCUUGGAGGCUCUGGUGCUGAGCCCAGCGGCACUCCCAGCUUGCCCGCUCCUACUGCCUUGCCUAGCGGUGCCGGUAUUCCAAGCUUCAAGACUGGCCGUGACAUCGAGAAGCGUCAGUUUGACCUUUCCUCCCUGACCAGCGGUCUUGGUGGCAGCACUGGCACCAGCGGUGGCCUCAGCUCUCUGGAGUCUCUGAUCCCUUCCCUUGGUGGCAGCUCCGGUAGCGGAGGUCUUGGUUCCCUGGAGUCUCUCAUCCCCUCUAUGGGUGGUAGCUCCGGUACCAGCGGUGGUCUCGGCGCCCUCGAGUCCCUCAUUCCUUCUUUGAGCUCCAGCGGCUCCAGCGGCCUCGGUUUCAAGGCCCGCCGCGAUGCCAAGGAGGCGGAGAAGCGCCAGUUCGACCUCUCCUCCCUGACCAGCGCCCUCGGCGGCACCUCCGGCACAAACAGCGGUCUCAGCGCCCUCACCUCCCUCAUUCCCUCUAUUGGUGGCAGCUCUGGCAGCAGCGGAUUGAGCAUCCCUGGCCUUAGUAAUAUCCCCAGUGGUUCCGGCAUUUCCAGUCUCAAGGCUAAACGUGAGAGUCUACUAGGCUCCGGUUCCAUCACCUCAAACGAUGUCACCGACAACGCCGGCUGCAAGGAGUUGACUUUCAUUUUCGCCCGUGGCAGUGAUGAGAUGGGCAACAUGGGCUCCGUCGUUGGACCCCCCGUCGCUACCCAGUUGAAGUCCUUGACCGGUGACAAUGUCUCCGUCCAGGGUGUGACUUAUGCGGCUACUGCUGAGAGCAACGUUGCGCUGGGCGCAAACGGUGGUCCCGUUAUGGCCAAGCUCGUCAAGCAGGCUCUCUCUCAGUGCCCCAAGACUAAGGUCGUUCUCGGUGGAUACUCGCAGGGUUCCAUGGUCGUGCACAAUGCUGCCAACAGCCUCUCUGCUGACCAGGUCUCUGGUGCUGUUCUCUUCGGUGACCCGUUCAAGGCUCAGGCUGUUGGUAAGCUUGACAGCAGCAAGGUUAAGGAGUACUGCGCUACUGGUGACCCCGUCUGCUUGAACGGUGCCAACGUCCUGGCUCACUUGAGCUAUGGCAGCGAUGCCAAGGAGGCUGCGCAGUUCUUGAUCAAGGCUGCUGGUCUCUCCACUUCUUCUUAG